AUGACGGUCACGACGCGCACGCCCGUCGUCCUCUGGGCGCAGCGCAAAGACCGUCUCUUCCUCACGAUCGACCUCCACGACGCGACCGCGCCCGUCGUCGAACUGAGCGACGACGGCGUGCUCAAGAUGACGACGACCGCGGGCGCGCCGGGGGUGGAGGGACGGCACGAGUACCACCUCGAGCUCGAGUUUUUGCAUCCGAUCGACGCGAAGGCGUCGAAGAUAUCCGUCGCGCCGAGGCAGAUCGUGGUCAUGGUGAUGAAGACGGAGGAGGUGGGGAGACGCCCGCUCGAUGAUUCAUUCGUUCGUUCGUUCGUUGUUUUUCCUUCUCUUCUCUUCUCUUUUCUCUCCGCUUCAGUCCUCGACGUCCGUCGGUCCGUCUCUGACCGCGAACUCGCGCUUUCGUUUCGACCCUACCGACCGCACUCCGGGCCGCACUGGCCGCGGCUGCUGAAAGCGAACGGGAAGUUCCCGCACGUGAAGACGGACUUCGACAAGUGGGUGGACGAGGACGAGGAGGACGAGCUGGACCGAGGUGCGACGCGCGCGACGGAGGCGCUUUUUUUGAAGAACUUUUUUUUCGCUUCGCCGGCGGCUCGUCGUCGCGGCCGUCGCGCUCGCGUCGUCGUCGUCGUCGCUAAGUUAUUCUAUUUAUCCUCCGCACCGCCCCUCCCCUCUCUAUUUAACCAGACGCCGCGUUCGACUUGA